GGCUCUGGCUGUUUAUUGUUCCUUCCUCAGCGGCGACAGAGAAAAACAGGCUAACAAGCUGUCAGCUACCUUUUUUCCUGCACGGUUUACUGUCGGUUAAACGAAAGGUGUCGACACAGCUGGGGCCAUGGCGUACGCGUACCUCUUCAAAUACAUCAUCAUCGGAGACACGGGUGUGGGCAAGUCAUGUCUAUUACUACAGUUCACAGACAAGAGGUUUCAGCCGGUUCACGACCUCACCAUCGGUGUGGAGUUCGGAGCAAGGAUGAUCACUAUAGAUGGCAAACAGAUCAAACUGCAGAUCUGGGAUACGGCUGGUCAGGAGUCAUUCCGGUCCAUCACCAGGUCUUACUACAGAGGAGCAGCAGGAGCACUGCUAGUCUAUGACAUCACAAGAAGGGACACCUUCAACCACUUGACGACCUGGUUAGAGGACGCUCGCCAACAUUCCAACUCCAAUAUGGUCAUCAUGCUCAUUGGCAACAAGAGUGACCUGGAGUCACGGAGAGAGGUAAAGAAAGAAGAAGGUGAAGCCUUUGCCAGAGAACACGGCCUCAUAUUCAUGGAGACCUCAGCCAAGACUGCCUCUAAUGUAGAGGAGGCUUUCAUCAACACAGCCAAGGAGAUCUACGAGAAGAUCCAGGAGGGAGUGUUUGAUAUCAACAAUGAGGCUAAUGGUAUUAAGAUUGGACCCCAGCACCCUACCACCAACUCCACACUGACCGGUAGCCAGGGAGGCCAACAGGCUGGAGGGGGCUGCUGCUGAAGCCCCGGAACACACCUCCUCUUCUUCUUCUUCCUCCUACUCCUCUUCCAAUCCCCCUGACCCACCUCUCUUCUUCUUCUUCUUCUUCUCCUCCUCCUCCUCCUCUCCGCCCUCUCUCCGACAACCCUCCCUUGCGUUUCUACAGAACUGUCCAGGCCCAGUAACAGUUUGUUAACCCUUCUCUCUCUCUCUCUCUCUCUCUCUCUCUCUCUCUCUCUCUCUCUCUCUCUCUGUCUCUCUGUCUCUCUGUCUCUCUGUCUCUGUUUCUCUCUUUUCAGUCUUUCAUCCAUCCCUCCCUCCUUCUCUUGUGUCUUUCUCUCCUCAGCUCUGUCUCUCAACCAUGCAUACAUAAGGGUCUGGGGGACUCCAAUCCCCAUAAUUUCCCCCACAGUCUUUAUGAGGACAGCGUCCGCUUCACCUACACGCUGACCCGCCAAAUUAAGAGUUUUCAACUUCUUUUUUUGUUAGUUUUUUUUUUUUUCGGUAAGAUAAAUGGAUUUUAAUCGUUUUAUUUAACAAAAAGAAAAAAAAAUCACAUCCCUCUUAAUUCAUGAGGAGGUUGUUGGGAUAUUACAGUACCUCAGAAUCAUCAAAAUAAAAUGUCUGGUUAAAGGUGAAGCUGACUCCCAGAUAAAGAGAAGACUGUGGGUGGAGUUUAAACACGCUCUUAACAACUGACUGUAUGGAAUAAAGUGCGUGUUGUGUCUAUACACACAUCUGUACAUGUUUGUAGAGAAAACGAGGCAGCACGUUGAUAGCGCGACAUGUUUCUACAUGUUAAGUCUUUUUUUUUUCAUGCUGUGCCUGCGUGUAUAGGGACGAUAUAGGUAUUCCAGUAUGUCAGUCUUUAAGGUGUAGGAGGCAUUCAAGUCGCUCUGUACCGUCAUGUUCAUAAAAAAAAAAAAACACACAACUUUGUGCAAAUUAUUUUGUGCUUCCUUUUUUUUUUUGUCAUGUUUUUUUUUUUGUUCUCUUUGUCUUUGUGUCCUUUUUUUUUGUUUUUGACUUACAGAUGAUUUGUAUUUAAUGAACACUACAAAACUGGUUGUGGCUUAUUAAAAAAAAAAAGAAGUGUUUUAAAUUGUCCUGGGAGAGAAUAAAAGACCAAACUGUUGAGUGUGCAAGUCCUUUCAGAAGCAGGAAAAAAGUGAAAAGAAACGUUAAGGGAUGUCGAGAGCAAGCGGUCGCCAUUAUGAAGUUAAGUUUAAAAAAAAAAAAAAAAAAAAGAGGAAUUUAGAUUGGAACUUUUUUUUGUUGUUAACUGUAUUUAUCGGACGCAUUUCUGUGUAUAUAUGGCUCUUUAGGUUUCUGUAGCUUUUUAAUGGCUGUGUAAGGUGAGACUUGGCAUGUCGCGGCCUCCAUAUAUUCUUUCACCAGGGCUUAAAAUGAAAAGAUGAAAAGACUCAGUUGUAUGGUUUGAAACCUGAAAGCAGCUUUUUUUUGGUUUUGUUUUGUUUAAACAACUCUCAUUUAAACCCAAAGGCACCGAGCUGCCCCUCUACAUCAGGCUAUGUGGUGCCCUUUCUUUUAAAUGACAAGUAUGAAUGAUAACAGGCUGUUAACAGGAGCGUGUAGAGGCAUUCAGAGUCCCUGGUGGAGAACAGACUCCAACCGAAAAUGUCAAAGCAUCUCCCUUCUUUUUAAGCAGGCUAUCAUUUCCACCGUGCAUUAGCUUUGCAGAUAUAUAAUGUAUACUGUUUAGAGCUUCAUCAAUGAACUGCUGCAAUGUUUUGUUUUUAUUAUUUUUUUUGGUUCAUUUGCUUCGAUAUCCCCAAUGUAACGGGCACCGUUUUACUGUUAUCAUAUUUUACUACUUCAGUUACUUAUCAUUCACCCCCCCUCCUCCUCCUCCCUUCUUCUCCUUCUUUCUCAAACUGUGUGGUAACAUUAGCUCUGUAUUUUUAAUGCCAAAAUAUUGUGUUUACCUGUUUUGUCAAUACACAAUUAACUGGGGAGGAUUAAAAAAAACAAGGAAAGAAAAGAAUUUAAAAAAAAACCUUAAACCCCCCCCUUGCGAUGUGACCUGAGAUCAGCUGUCUGCCUUAACUCCACCCCCCUCCACCCUUUACACACAGAGAUUUGGACAGCUGCUAAAAAACAAAUCAAACGGACCCUUUAUCUGCAACAAUAGGCAUUUUACCACUAUAAGUAGCUAGAUGAUGAUACAUUACACACAUUGCAUAGAUGCACACUUAAAGAGAGUCAUGGUAGGAAUCAGGAGGGGGGAGGGGAGGGGGGGAGGGGAGGGGUGGGGGGGGGUGAGAUGAUUCAUAAACCCAACAUCAUAUUAGAACUGAUUUUCUUCCCAUCAUCCCCUCCAUGCGCACACACACACACACCCAUCCUCUGUACAGUAUAUGCAUGCACAUGUAGAUGAUGCAUACAUAUAUUUAGUGUCCAUCUAACCAGCCGUGUUUCUCUCCAGGCUAACUGUAUAACUGUAGGGAGUAUUUUUUUUUUUUUUUUUUUUUGGGUUGCACAGCAGCGUGAGUGAAUAUGUUCUCAGCAGUGUAUCUUCCUUUUUUUUUCUUUUCUUUUUU